GGGCGAGCCACUUCAGGAGGUGGCAGGCGAGCCCCAAGUCUUCGUCUGGUGAACGGCAGGGCGACCACGGGGGUUGGCCUGCACACCAGCAGCACCGAGUCCGUCCGUUCACCCCAUCAACAUCUCAGCCAGCCGCACGGCAACAACAUCAACAAUAGUUAUUACAGUACUGGCAACAAUGUAUCCUCCAAUAAUCAUCCGCGGUUAAAUAAGGAUGACAGCAUCAAAAUCAGUAUCGAGAACACAAACACGUGCACCGACAGCCUCGUCACUGCGUUAGACGACGAGACUCUUCUCAUUACCGAUUUUCUUAACGAUACAGGCAACGAGAUGAAUUACAAAGGAAGCGGUAAAGUCCACUUCGGAGUGGACGACGUGUCGCUCUAUGGGACGCCGAAAGAAGAACUGGGCCCGGGUCUACCGGGCCAGGAAGUAAAGCAGAGUUUCUUAAAAAAUCAACUGCAGGCGUUGUUCCAGCCUACAGACAACAAAUUGGCGAUGAAAUUAUUUGGUAGCAAAAAAGCCCUUAUGAAGGAAAGAAUUAGGCAAAAAGCUGCAGGUCACUGGGUCAUACAUCCUUGCUCCAGUUUCCGAUUUUAUUGGGAUCUUUGUAUGCUGCUGUUAUUGGUAGCCAAUCUGAUAAUUCUGCCAGUUGCCAUUAGUUUUUUCAACGAUGAUCUAAGCACCCGAUGGAUAGCCUUCAACUGCCUUUCGGAUACGAUAUUUCUUAUAGAUAUUGUCGUUAAUUUCAGAACGGGGAUAAUGCAGCAAGACAACGCCGAGCAGGUGAUACUGGACCCGAAGUUGAUAGCGAAACACUACCUCAGGACUUGGUUCUUUCUUGACCUUAUCUCCUCUAUACCACUAGACUACAUUUUUCUCAUAUUUAAUCAAUUUCAGGACUUUAGUGAGUCUUUCCAGAUUUUACAUGCUGGACGUGCACUUAGAAUUCUCAGAUUGGCGAAACUAUUGUCGCUAGUAAGACUGCUAAGGUUAUCAAGACUUGUGCGAUACGUAUCGCAAUGGGAAGAAGUCUAUAUCCCCCUAUACCAACAGCCGGAGAGACACUACGAGCGACGGGCUACACCGCCCCAACCAGACCGAACGAGCAAGAUAUUGCAGAACCUACAAAAAAAACGCACUGAGCGGAGGGGGCGCCUAAGCUCUGACAAUAUGAAUAAAAAGAAGUCCGGUUUCAACAAAAGCGACCUUAUUUUUAAGUUCCUGAAUAUGGCGUCGGUGUUCAUGCGAAUAUUCAAUCUGAUCUGUAUGAUGCUAUUGAUCGGCCACUGGAGUGGUUGUCUUCAAUUCCUCGUUCCUAUGCUUCAGGGAUUCCCAAGUAAUUCCUGGGUCGCGAUUAAUGAAUUGCAGGACUCCUUCUGGCUAGAACAAUACUCCUGGGCCCUUUUCAAAGCAAUGUCACACAUGUUGUGCAUAGGAUAUGGCAGGUUUCCACCGCAGUCAUUGACCGAUAUGUGGCUCACGAUGCUCAGCAUGAUCAGUGGGGCAACAUGUUAUGCACUGUUCCUUGGUCACGCCACAAAUCUUAUCCAGUCACUUGACUCAUCGCGUAGGCAGUAUCGUGAGAAGGUCAAACAAGUCGAGGAGUACAUGGCGUAUCGAAAGCUACCUCGAGAAAUGCGUCAAAGAAUAACUGAGUACUUUGAGCAUCGUUACCAAGGCAAGUUUUUCGACGAAGAACUCAUCCUUGGAGAACUUUCGGAAAAACUUAGAGAGGACGUGAUAAAUUACAACUGCAGAUCGCUCGUUGCUUCGGUACCGUUCUUCGCAAAUGCAGACUCGAACUUUGUCUCUGAUGUUGUCACUAAAUUGAGAUAUGAAGUCUUCCAACCAGGUGACAUAAUAAUAAAAGAGGGUACAAUAGGCUCUAAAAUGUAUUUUAUACAAGAAGGAAUAGUGGAUAUUGUAAUGGCAAAUGGUGAGGUGGCAACUUCGUUAUCCGAUGGUUCGUACUUUGGUGAAAUAUGUUUGCUCACAAAUGCAAGGCGUGUUGCAUCAGUACGUGCCGAAACAUAUUGCAAUCUAUUUAGUCUCUCAGUGGACCACUUUAAUGCAGUACUGGACCAAUAUCCGCUUAUGCGUAGAACUAUGGAGAGUGUUGCCGCCGAGAGGUAUAAACUUUGGUUGAACAAAAUUGGAAAAAAUCCAAACUUGGUGGCGCAUCGUGAAGAGGAUCUUGGUAGUGAAUCGAAAACGAUAAAUGCGGUCGUUAACGCACUUGCCGAGCAAGCGGCACACGCGAGUGCUAGUGAAGAAUCGGUCCAUAGCUUAGAAAUGAGAACACUUCCAACGGGUCUAUUACCAAGGCCAAAAUCCGAAAAUAAUUUCGCAAGUCAAGAUUUACAACGUGAAGACCGCAGAAUCUUCCACAAAAGUGAUACAUUUCACAAGGAUUCGUAUCAAUGACGACACUCGUCUUACUAGCAUACGGAGCGGUACUGAUGCUGCUGUUGUGGGCAAUAAUGCUCUAGCUGCUGCACAACUGCUCCAAUUCUCAGUGUCUGCGAGAUUUCCACCAGUACGGAAGAAUCAUCUAAUCUCAAGCACACAAAAUUAUGCUCUCUACAUCAACAUCUCUUUCUCUCUCAGUAUCUUCUCUCCUCUCUUCUAGCUCAUUUUCGCUCACUCACUCAAACUCAUUAACGACUUCCUCUUGUAUCCUUUUUCUGAAUUCCACCAUCCAGCCAACAUCUACAUACACCCACUAGACUCAACUUGGCGCAAAAACUUUUACUUUGAUACAUUUCACCGACGUAAUUACACCGAAUGUCGUGCCGAUUGAAGUUACCUCAAAGCAGCUCAUCUUCACUAUUAACUUCGAGAGAAAGAUAACGAAUUGAUAAUUUAAAAUUUUAAGUGACAAUUAUUUAACUCAACGAUUCUACGUGAGCAACAUGAACUUUAAUAUAUAUAUAAUAUAUAUAUUAUAAAUCAUAUUUUUAACAGGUUUAUAAAUAUAAAUAGAAUAAUGAAACAGGUGGAAGUAUCGUGUGAUUACUGAGAAAAAAUAACAGACAAUUUAAAAAAUCUAAAUAUUAAUAAUAAUAAUAAUUAUAAAAAACUAUUUAAAAUCAAGACACAGUAAGUGAUGAUAGUGACCCAAGAACUAUGUUAUGUUGUUAAGAGUUCUUCGGGUCAAUGAUUACAAUUAAAUAAUAAAAAGUAUAUUAAUAAUAAAUAAAUAAUUAAUUAAAAACGAAUGAAAAUAAAUAUUAUUGAUACGUGCAACUAAGUGACAAAGGAAUAAAAAUAAAUAAUAUCUUUUUACUAGUUUUAAAAAUUUUAAAAUAAUGCAGUGUACUAUAAUAAAGUACAAAUAGUGCAGAAAAAUAAAUAAAUACUAUAUAGUGACUGUUAUAAUAAAUAGAUUACGAUUACAACUACCGCAUUAUUAGGCAAUUAUAGAGAUAUAUUAAUAUUUAUUGAUAUUUUAAAAAAUAAAUAUGUAAAUAAAGCCAUAACGUUUGUAAUGUCGCAAGAUAAAUUUUCUAUUAACUUUGUGAUUAUAAUUUAUUUAUUAAUUAUUAUUAUUAUUAUUAUUACUAUUAUUAUUAUUAUUAUUAUUAUUAUUAUUAUUAUUAUUAUUAUUAUUAUUAUUAUUAUUAUUAUUAUUAACUUAUUUUUAAAUUUUUAUCAUAAUUAUUAAUAUUACACUGUGAAAAAAAUCGGGGUAAGUCCAGGCGGUAUAGGUGUUAAAAUUUUCGGUUUUAAAUUUAAACACUGAAAGCGGUGUUAAAAUAACACCGCCGCCGGUUUAACUAUUCUUUACCGGUGUUAAGAUAUUUUACUUUGUCAAUAUUUUUACACGAAAAUAAAUGAACUAUAUAAAUUGAAAAGUGACACAUAAUAUAAUAAUAAAAUGAACACUAAAUACUAUCAUUCUAAAUAGUAAUUCUUUAAUUUAUAAAUUAAAACGUAAAUAAUUAUAGAAUGAAUAUUAAAAUUUAAUAUCUAUGCAAGAAAAAUUACUAUUAUGAUUAUGAUCUUUGAAAAUCAUAAGUGAAACUUAGAAAAUUGACGAUACGUAUUAUAAAAUUUAUUAUUUGGAAUGUUAAAAUUCCCCAUAUUGACACCCGGGUUCUGGGUUAUAAUUUCAAACAUUACUUUUCAAAGUUUAUUUUUUUCCGUGUACUUAUUCGAUCACUUCAGUUAAACAGUGUUAUUAUUAAUUAAUUAAAUUAUUAAUAAUUGAAAUGGUGGCCAUAAAAUUGUGUAAUUUUUGAAGAAAUACAUAGCAAAAUUUAAAUUUCCUCUAGAUAAUAUUCAUUAAAUUUUUAUGUAGGACUUUUUUUACACCGAUUUAACACCGAAAUUUUAACACUGCCGAAUUACACCGACUACACGUGUUAUUUUAACACCACUCUUUUUACAGUAUAUUAUUAUUAUUAUUGUUGUUAUUAUUAUUAUUAUUUAAUUAUUAUCUAAUUAUGAUAUAUUUUUAAAUAUGUAGACAGUGCCUAGACAGAAUUGCAAGCGACAUUAUGUAUAUUUAUAUUAUCUUAACUUAUUUUAUUAAUUAAAUCUUUAUAUUAAUGCCUAAUAUAUAAAUUAAUAAUGAUAAAUUAUAAAUAAAGUAUAAAAUAAUAAUAAAUUAGGAACAAGUCAAUGAGAAAACGAGAUUCGGUCGAUCUCUAGUUUAAUAAGUACCUAUAUAUAUAUGUAAAUAAAUAAAUAAAUAAUUAAAAAAUCAACUAACAAAAGUGAGUAGGAAAUAAAAUCUGUGAACACGUGUAAUUUAUUAAAAAUAGAAAUUUUCAGAUUCUCACAAAAACUAAUUUAUUCGCGUACAUAAUUAAAUAACACAUUGCAUAUAUACGACAUAAACAUAAAACAUAUAUGUAUGAAUAAUAAAACUAAAAAAAUGAAAUGAAACAGCGAGAUAGUGAAAAUUUAAGAGACCGAAAAACAAAUAUUUUUUUUAAAUAAAUUUAAAUAAUAUAGUAUUUAGCUAAUUAUGUUGCACGAUUAUCAAUCAAUUCGUGAUAUUUAUUGGCUUUGAUUAGUCAGCAACAUAUUGUAGGUUCUAUUAAAUUAUUAGGCAAACAAAUUAUUAUAAUUAUUAAUUAUUAAUGUUACUAUCAUUUUUAUUAUUAAAGUUAUUACAUAAAAUAUUAUAGAUUAUUAUUAUUAUGAUUACGAUAUAUUUUAUAAUUGAAAUAUGAGAGAAAAUAUUAAUUGAAGUAAUUGGAAUGUAUGUUAUUUUUAAUUUACAUGCUGUGAGAGGCUAAUACCAUAAAUCAAUUACUCUCGUGCAGAGGUGGUUAUUUUUUCAAUUAUUAACGAGACAAAUUUAUUUAUUAGAAAUAAACAUUUUUUUCAUAUUCAAUUUUUUUUUUUUAUUUAAAAAUUAAAAUUCAAUUCAAAACCUCUGCAAUAGUUGAUUAUGUAAUUAUACAUACGCGAAAAAUUUUAGUUAAAAUAAUUUUUUUCAAUACUUUCGUAUGGUAAAAUUCACGCUUUGAUACAAUAAAACAACAUUUGAAUUUUUUUUAAUUGAAAAAAAAAAAAAAAAAUUAUUAUUUAUAAAUUAAAAAAUAUUUCGGUCAUUUAAAAUUCAAUGGUAAAAUCUAACCGGGCGCACCAUCACACCAUGUGAGCUAUUUUUAUAUUCUCCCCUAAAUAUAAUAAUAAAAUUCGCGAUAGCGCGCCUUUUAUAAUAACUAUAAUAAUAAUAAUAAUAAUAAUAAUAAUAAUAAUAAUAACA